AUGCGGACCUCUGUUGCUUCUGGUCUCGCCCUCGCCGCUGCGGCGCGCGCGGUGGACUUGUUCCCCGUUAACGGGAAUGUGGACUACCAGCUUGGCGAUGCGUACACCCCGCCCUCGGGCACGCAGAUCGUCAGCAGGGACCACACCGCGGAUCCUGCGGAUGGGAUCUACAACAUCUGCUACAUCAAUGCGUUCCAGACGCAGGCGGAGGAUGCGGAUUGGUGGAAGAGCAACCAUGACGAUGUCCUGCUCCGCGAUGGAGGCGACUACUACGAGGACCCGGACUGGCCGGGCGAGCUGCUCUUGGACACCACCACUGCUGCGAAGCGCGACGAGAUCGCAGGCGUGAUGAAGGGCUACAUCGACGACUGUGUGUCUAAGGGCUUCAACGCCGUCGAGGCGGACAAUCUGGACACAUUCACGCGCACGGAUCUGCUGACGCAGGACGGCAACUUUGCGCUGGCGAAAACGCUUGCGGACUAUGCACACUCGCAUAACCUGGCGUUCGGCCAGAAGAAUGCAGCGGAGUACAGCAAGGACGCGAAGGCGGCUGUUGGCUUCGAUUUCGCAGUCACGGAGGAGUGCCAGGAGUGGACCGAGUGCGACGACUACACCGACGUCUACGGGCAGUACGUCAUCGAGAUCGAGUACGAGAAGGCGCAAUUCGACGACGCCUGCAGCGAGCGUGGCGACCAGCUCCCUAUCGUCUACCGCGACAAGAACCUCGUGGGCCCUAGCAAGUCCGCCUACAAGUUCCAGGCGUGCUAA